GAAUUUCCUUCCCCGUUGACGCCCUAGCAAGCCGACUACUAAAAGCCAACCAUUAUCACUGUCUAACGUGGAGUUAGACUGUGGUAAUAGUCGGCUUGCUAGGAGAAGCACACUGAGGGAACCAACACAGGUUGGCUCCAUUUGUUUGUCAUUGCACCUUUAAUAGAUGGAUGAUAUAAUGCCUAAUGUUUAAAGGUUUUUCUACAGAGCUUUUUUUUUUUGUUGACUGACAAUAUUUUGAUGACUCAUUGACUGCUACCCAUUGAUUCACGGCUGCCUCAGGCUGAAGUACCAAAUCAAAGAAGGCACCUGCCCACAUAAACAAGGCACCCAGAGUGUGCAUGCCAGAGGCUAAAGAGUACUUCUACCAGGCUUGUACAGGAAUCGGCUUAUUAUGACGAUCUACCAUGUAUAUGGUUGAAAAGUUUGAUCACGAAAGGAGCAGAGGUUUUCACUGAAUUGGUUCAUUUCCUAAGGAAGCUUAAAAGGAGUUGAAGCAACUUCUCAUCUAAUACAGGUCAUGUGAAGGACACAUGCCCAUGGAAUUAGCCUUUGAUCUGUUAAUCACCAUGUUCAGAUUUCAUCAUCCAUUUUAGUACUUCUUAAGGAAGGGCUUGUGACCAGACUUGGCAUUUUGACUUGACAACCCUGCGUGCCAGUAAAUCAUGAGGGAAAACUAUUUCUGAAAAUGGACUGAAUAUAAGUUCCACUAGACCUCCAGAGACCCCCAGAGAGCCAGGAGGAAUAGCCCAGGCCAAGUCCUCGCAUCAUGGGUGAGUGGAGCUUCCUCGGUGGCCUCUUCGAUUCCCUCCAGGCCCACUCCCCUAUGCUUGGCCGCUUCUGGCUGCUGCUCAUGCUGGUCUUCCGCAUCCUCAUCCUGGGCACUGUCGCCGGCGACUUGUUCGAAGACGAGCAGGGGGAGUUUGCCUGUAACACCCUGCAGCCGGGCUGCAAGCAGGUAUGUUACGAUGAUGCCUUCCCCAUCUCCCAGUAUCGCUUCUGGGUGUUCCACAUAGUCCUCAUCUCCACGCCGUCCCUCAUUUUCCUCAUGUACGCCAUGCACCACCACAACAAGAGGACCAUGCAGUUAAGCCAGCCAAGGUUCAGCCAGCUGAUUAGCAACGCUGCCAGGGAAGAGCGCCACCUCCGACAGCUCUAUGUUAUAAACGUGGCCUUCCGUUUGGUGACAGAAGUGGGAUUUCUGGUAGGUCAGUGGUGGCUGUACGGCUUCCAGGUUGAGGCCCAGUUCCCAUGCAGCCGCUUCCCAUGCCCCUACACGGUGGACUGCUUCGUGUCACGCCCCAUGGAGAAGACAGUCUUCCUCUGUUUCUACUUCGCCGUGGGAGUGAUAUCUGCCGUGUCCAGUUUCGUAGAGCUCGUCUACGCUUCAUUGAAGUGGUUCCGUCCCACCAGGGAGCAGCCAGAGGAGCGGGUAUGCAACUGUCAGAACCUCCGGAACCUGCAGCAGGAGGAGGCGGAGAGGGGGAUGGAGGAGGAGGAGGAGGAGGAGCAGCAGAAAAGGAGGGGAAGGACCAUGUCCGAGAGUGGGAGUAGUAGCGUCAGAAUGAAGGGAGGGGCAGUGAGGGGCAGCGCCAACAGGAAGGUGUCCAGCAUUGGACACAAGAGCAUCGGAUAUCAGGGCAGCAACCAGAGCACCAAGACCAGUGUUUCUCCUAUAUUCAUUUAGCAGGUGUGGAAAUUGUUGCCACUGUUGAAUUUUUUGUUUUAAUAUAUAUUUCUGCCAGACACACUUUCAAAUGGAUAGUCGUUGACUCAAUGACUGGAAGUCUAUGGGAACAGCCAGCAUGUCAUUACGCUAACGCUAGUAGAAAUCCACCACCCGCUAACCUUGCCACUGCUGCUGAAACAAAUCCUAGGGGAAACACUGAAUACAUUUAUGGUGUAAUUUAAAUUCAUUUGAAAGUAGUCAUAUAUUCAAUUAGACAGUGGAUUUGAGUACAUUUUGAUUUGAUUUAUUAGGAUCCCCAAUCAUUUCUCUAGAAGUAAAUUAACUCUCCAAUUUCAAUUAGACCCAAUAGAGCUCAUGCUGUCUCUCUAGCCCUCACUCACCUCUUCUGUUUGACGGUGAUGCCCUUCUGCUGCAGCGAAUUCUCAUUGGCGAGCAGCAGGAAGCUAAUCUCUUUGCGACUGAACAGGUGGAUGAAGAAGGCCUUCUCCAGCAGCUUGUCCAGGGUGAUGCUGAAGCCAAUGACGACAGCUAGUUAAUGCAUUGUUGGUAUUACUACAAUAACGGUAACUGCAGUAACAUUCUGGCUUGGACCAGGCUACUUACUUACUUUAUACAAAGGAACGUUAUGUGUAAUGUAAUGUUAUUAGGUUACAUGUAACAGGUUUGCAAUUUCAUGCACUUGGAGUACUUUUUUUGUUUAUUUUUGUUGGUAUUUAGACACAAGUUAUUCCCCUAAAAUGAACAUAAAGGAAAUACUAUGUUCUCUAAUGUAAAGUGUGGCCGGAAAAGAUUUGUGUCAAUACUCCAUACAGGAACUGCUUGGAGACAAGACCUGUAAAGAAGUCAUAACAAGACUGAUUGGUCAAGACUCAGGAGGAUGUAUGAACAACAGGGGGGACUAAUAUUUGGAGCAUGUGCACAAAGAACCUCUCAAGUGCAUACAGUAUAGGCACUGUCAUUACUGUGGCUCCAUGGUUUUCAAUAAGGCCUUCCUACAUGUUUAGAUUGAUGGCACAUCCAGCCAAUGUAUUUCAGGAUUCUUGUGUGUGGACAGUGAUAUUUUCCAAUGGCAUUCAAAUGUGCUGGAUUGUACCAAAGUAUUUUGCUGUUGGCGUUACAGCAAUGUCUUAUUCAUCUUGAUCCAUUUUAUGCAGAACAAGAGUGAGUUAAAAUGAAGUGCAAUACAGAUCAAAUAACUUGAACUUAAUAUACUGUAACUUGGUGUAUGUGGUUUGUAUGAAUCUAGCGUGCAUACUAUGACCUACAUGAGAUCCAUGAUUACGUCAUUUUCAUAAUUGAAUCUCUGCUCGACUGAACCUUUGCACCAGUGGAAAGAGCUAGCUACAUAGUACUAUGCAAGGUUUUCCGUUAAGAGUGAAUUAAGAAUGUUACACCCUGUCUGAUACCAUCGGUAUUGUGAGACUGAGUAAUAUCUUCUUUUCACUGGCAGUGAAACGUGUUUGCAUGAAUAUGCACAGGGGUAUGCAAAGCUGUUUUUGUAACAUAGAAAUAAAUGUUUUAGAAUCA